GAGGACCGGGUGCGUCGGGCAGGCCGACGGGGGCGCGGGGGCGGCAGCUCGGCCGGCGCCCAGGCCCCGGACCUCUCCGGAGCCCGCCCCCGUCAGGCCGCCGCCCGUCUGCCCGCGGGCUGCUUUCUCCUCUGCCGGCCGGCCCCGGGCGGGACCUUCGAGGAGCCGCCUCUGCCAGGGGAGUCGCGAGAGCCGAGACGUCCCGUCCUAGUGCGGCCUGGCCGGGCCGAGCCUCCCUGCAGGUUUGAGCCCAGGCUCCCUAGGCCACGGGUGAGGAAGUGGAUGCACCAUUUAAUCAGCAAGCAUUGGCUGAACACACACUGUGGACCAGGCCGUAGGCUGCGCGCUGUGGGGAGAGAGAGGACAAGACUGGUCUCUAGCCCUGAACUGCUCACCGUCUCGUUGGGGGAGACCUGAAGACAGACAGUUAUUGUGCCACCGUGCCAAGGACUCAGGCAGAGGCCACAAUGGAGCAGUGUGCAAGUGUGGAGAGAGAGGUGGACAAGGUCCUGCAGAAGUUCCUGACCUAUGGGCAACACUGUGAGCAGAGCUUGGAGGAGCUGCUGCGUUACGUGGGCCAGCUGCGGGCUGAGCUGGCUGGAACAGCCCUCCAGGGGACCCCUCUGUCAGCCACCCUCUCCCUGGUGAUGUCUCAGUGCUGCCGGAAGAUCAAAGACACCGUGCAGAAACUGGCUUCAGACCACAAGGACAUACACAGCAGUGUCUCCCGAGUGGGCAAAGCCAUUGACAGGAACUUCGACUCUGAGAUCUGCGGAGUGGUCUCUGAUGCAGUGUGGGACUCACGGGAGAAGCAGCAGCAGAUCCUGCAGAUGGCCAUCGUGGAGCACCUGUAUCAGCAGGGCAUGCUUAGCGUUGCCGAGGAGCUGUGCCAGGAAUCAACACUGAAUGUGGACUUGGACUUUAAGCAGCCUUUCCUCGAGUUGAAUCGAAUCCUGGAAGCUCUGCACGAACAAGACCUAGGGCCAGCACUGGAAUGGGCCGUCUCCCACAGGCAGCGCCUGCUCGAGCUCAACAGCUCCCUAGAGUUCAAGCUGCACCGCCUACACUUUAUCCGCCUCCUGGCCGGUGGCCCUGAGAAGCAGCUGGAGGCCCUCAGCUACGCUCGGCACUUUCAGCCCUUUGCGCGGCUGCACCAGCGAGAGAUCCAGGUGAUGAUGGGCAGUCUGGUGUACCUGCGGCUGGGCUUGGAGAAGUCACCCUACUGCCAUCUCCUGGACAAUAGCCAUUGGGCAGAGAUCUGUGAGACCUUCACCCGGGACGCUUGCUCCCUGCUGGGGCUUUCUGUAGAGUCCCCCCUCAGCGUCAGCUUUGCCUCUGGCUGUGUGGCGCUGCCUGUGCUGAUGAACAUCAAAGCUGUGAUUGAGCAGAGGCAGUGCACGGGGGUCUGGAGUCACAAGGACGAGUUACCGAUUGAGAUCGAACUCGGCAUGAAGUGCUGGUACCACUCAGUGUUCGCAUGCCCCAUCCUCAGGCAGCAGACGUCAGAUUCCAACCCUCCCAUCAAGCUCAUAUGUGGCCACGUUAUCUCGCGGGAUGCACUCAACAAGCUCAUUAAUGGAGGAAAGCUGAAGUGUCCCUACUGUCCCAUGGAGCAGAACCCAGCAGAUGGGAAACGCAUCAUAUUCUGAUACCUGCUCGGGAUGAACUUUGUCAGAGGGGUUUCCCACCUAUGAGCUGUGGUCUGUCUUGGUGGGCGUGGCUGACUUCAGAUUGUGGUUUGCUUCAGAGCAAAUGACUGAGUGCCACCAUGGGUAGAGGCCAAGAAAGGAGACAAACCAGUCUGUGAUGGGCAGCUGGCUCCUUGGCUGGAAGGGUGGGAGACAUGGGCCUCUGCACUCCUGGUGUUUCCUGUUUAUACCUGCCAGUGACUUGGUUGCGACCGACAAGAAGCAGAGGACUGGGCCAACAACGCAGACGUCCUUUCAGUCACAUGGCUAGCCAGGUGGCUUAUGGUUAACACCCCUUCUAUUGUACAGCUUCACAACUGUAUGUAUCUGUUCCCCGCUGUAAAUAGUCCGGGUUCCAACUGAAUGCCACUGUUUUAUAACUGAGCAAAUAUAUUCACAGGCCUUCUCUGUA